AUGCCCAAACGCCCUUCGCGUGGACUCGAAGGCGCAGAUGCCUCGCGCAAGAGGCAGAAGGUCGUGCACGAAGUUCCCACUUUCGAAGAAGUCAACCAUUCGCGACACCUUCAACAGCUCUUGACCUUUGACCAGGAUCAGAAGCGAUCGCGACAUGGUAUCCAAUCCCUCAAAGUCUUUCUCGACGGCUUCAACUCGGGCGAUGCCGACAGCAAUAAGGACCGGUUCACCACCCUCCGGGAGUACCUCGACGCCGCCCGGCCACGCGACACGAGCGGCGAUGCCGUCCAUCUCGGCGACAUUAUGGAGACGUGGUCGUACAGCGCGCAGAUCAACAACGAGGCCAUGAUGUCGGCCGUCCCCGCUGUGCUGGCCCUGCUGCUGCAGGUCGCCUCGCAGUCUCUCGAGCUGCUGCCGCAUGCGCUCGACGUCGCCCGAACGCUGCUGCAGGAACGCCAGCUCAAGCUCAUUGCACGGUGUCUGUCGGCGCCCAAGGGCAGCGGUUAUAUCAUCUCGCCGACCCUGCGACUGGUGCGCGAGAUCGUGACGCUCGAUGGCGGCGUCCUGGCGAAGAGGGUGUUCCGCGCGCGGGACCACACGUUUGCAAGCUUUGCGAGAAACCUGGAGAUCCGGCACUUCGGGGGGGCCGAUGGCGAGAGGGGGGGCAUCGAGGAUCCGUCGAAGCCGUCGGUGCGGACGAACGCCAUCAAGCUGUUCCUGACCUGUCUCAAACUCCUGCCGGUCGAGGCGAAGAAGGAGAUGUUAAUGCUCAAAGAGGUGUUUUCUCACCUGACCUUCUUGUUGAAGGAUGACCCGCCGUUCCUGAUCCUCGAGAUGUUGGCCGCGCUGAAGAAGCAUGUGCUCCUGGACGACAAGCUGCCACGCGAGGUCAAGUUUCGUGCGUUCAAUACGAAGACUCUGGACCGGUUGGCUGGGCUGUAUGCAUACAGACACGACGUUGAUGGGGAUGACACGCCCUCAGUCAGAGAUGUUGCCCACGAAUUUCUGCUUUACACCUGCACAACCCCCGGCGCCGGUGUGCUCUAUUCGGGAACCGGACUCUACCCGAAGGAGCUCGAGGACGAGGCGGCGCAGGAUGUCAAAAGCCUGGAUGACUACGGCCUGGAGCGCGUUGCGUGGAUGGACAAGUACAAGGACGAUGUCGCCGUCGCCAACUUUGUGCUCUCCGAGUUCAUCCAGAAGCUACGCCCGUGGUCGAGUCUGAAGCACAGCGAGCUUAUUGUCGCCAUCUUUCAGGCGGCGCCAGAACUGGUUGCUAGCUACUUUUUGAGCAACAAGUCCUUCACGUUUGAGCCCAAACUGUCCAUGACGUGGAUCGGAUACGCCGCCUUCCUGUUCAACACCGUCAAUUUGCCGCUGCCGCCGCAUUAUGGGGCUACGGCGGGAUACCGUCGCGUCCCUCCGCCGACUUCGAUCCUCCUUGAUAACAUCCUGCCGCUCCCGCUGAAGCAGCGGGAUCUCGUCCGUUGUCUCUCUAGCAAAUCAACCCUCGUCUCCUUCUUCGCCAUCCGCAUCCUCGUCCUUGCCCUUCAGAAACUCGACGUCGCUCUCAAGAUGCACCGCGAAGCGGCGGAGUCGUCCAAGUCAACCUGGGAGAUGGCGGCGCGGAAGCUCGUCGAUGAGUUCUGCCAGAAGAUCCCCGACAUGAAGGAGGUGACCAAGUGCUACAAGGCCAUGGCGGAGGAGAACGUCCUGCAGCGGGAGGCCGCCAGCAGGUUGCUGCUGCUGUACUACGAGGUCAUUCCGCAGGUCGCUCUGCGCGCCAACUUCGACGUCUCGCCGUUCCUGGUCAACUCGCUCACCCGCCUCGACAGCAGGGCCGAGGAGCCACAGAGCCAGGCCCUGGCCUUGAUGGAGCUGGAAAACCUGAUCGCCAUCGCGGGCUUCUCGCCGGGCAUGAGGUGGUUCGCCAAGACGGAGGGGCUCGCGGCGUCGCCGUUUGUCGCGCUGCUCAAAUUCUAUGUAGAGAACGCCCAGGGGCGGUCGAAGCUCAAAGAGGUUCUCGAGUCCGUGGCUGUGCAGCACCAGCUCGUGCUGCAGCAGACCGGUCUCGCCCCGCUACUCCGCGCGGCUCGGGAGCUAAAAAUGGACGACAAGACGCGGAACCCGGACCUCAUCUGGGAGUAUCUCGACAACUGCGCCGGAAGAUGCGCCGCCUCGCCUCUCAAGUACGUCGACUUGAUACAGGAGAGCGUCACCGGUGGCCAGGAAAAUAUUUCAGCUAGCUUGAUACUGGCCACAAUGGCCGAACAGCUUUCAUUUGUCGCCGACAAGGCAACGAAUAAGAAGGACCUGGAGCUUUUGUCCAAAUUCUUGACGGUGUUGUUGAGUUGCGCCCAGACGAAAGGGGAGAUCCCGGCCUUGAUCAGCGCAUUUGCCCAGAAGAUGACAGGAGUCCUGGCAGGUCACGCCUCGGCGGUUGUGCCAGAGGCUGACAAGUCGUUGCUCGAGGGCGAUUCGGAAGAGAAGGCAGUAUCGGAAGACAAGGGCGUCGAGUCCCAACGACAGAAGCCGGACACUGUGAGUGGCGAGUUUGACGACUCUUCGCUGAAAGCCAUUCUCGACGUGCCAUUUGGCCCUGACGAAGACAAUUCGGCGCUCCUUAAGUGGAACUCCAAGAGCAUCGAGGACCUUGUCGACGAGGGUUACGCCGCGGCGCUCAUCCGUCUCUUGUGGUCGGAGCAUGGCAGCAUCCGUCAAGAGGCCCUCACCAACAUCAUGAAGAUGGCGGCCAAGUUCAAGGAGUCGACGUACGAAGAGAAGGACCAGAUCUGGCUCCUCCUCUCGGAACUGGCCGAGUCAUCCCGCGUCCUUGUGACGCGCGGCCCUGUCGCCUCGCCGCUGGUCUCCUUCGCUAUCAGCGCGCUCGAGGUGCUCAAGAACCCUCUGCACUGCCUCUACCCCAAGGUCAACAGUUUCCUCACGCGCGGGCCCGUGUGGCAGCACGACAAGGUGCCCCUGGCGCACGACAUCCUCCACGGCGCGCCAUCGGACGACGACAGGUACUACACCGAGGUGAGCUGGCUGCUGGCGUACCUAUUGGACGGCCUGCGGACGCCUGCGGAUCUGGCCGUGUACCACCAGAAGAAGUGGUUCGAGAAAGUAUUUGCGCUCGCGGGGAACCCGUACAUGCGGGCGAACCUGAGGACGAGGAUCAUGAGGGUGCUGUGGCGGGCGACAUGCAUCGAGGGCGGGAGCACGACGCUGGCGACGAGGUUCGGGAUUGUGAGCUGGCUGGAGGCGCAGGAGGCGAGGUGCGAUGGCGCACCGGUCGAGGACAAGGCCGAGAGGGUCGCGGCGGACGGUCGGGAGACGAGGCGGUUGUACCGCGCCCUCAGGAGGAGGGUGUGGGAGACUUGCGACCAGGAGAGGGUCGGUGAAUGGAGUCGGAAGGGAAUCCCCUCGGCUUUGGAGGCUUAA